ACCAAUAUCUACUGUCAAAAGCGGGUGUGGCAACAAGCUGAAAUGUAUGGCCGUUGUUUGAUCGUAUACAAAUAAAUUAAAAGCAUUCAUGCAUAACAAUUUAAUGCAUAAGUGCCUUAUUAUCAAACGGAAAGUCAUUAAAAUAUCAAAAUGUACAAGCACUGUCUUCUUGGUUGUCUUGUUUUUCUUUUUUCAGUCAUAAAUGUUUUAGGUCUGGAGUGUUAUGUCUGUGAAAACCAAGAAGAUAAUAAUGAGAAAUGCGUGAAAACGAUCAAGAAUUGCGAGUAUAAUCAGGAUGUUUGUCUGACUGAAAUUAAGUGGGGAAGCACGCCUUACUGGUCUCAGGGAGCAAAGAAACAGUACUAUGUGUCGAAGCGGUGUUCUAAUAAGACGGAGUGCGCCACUACCAGACACCGGUACAUGCCCCUGUGUACACACAUUUGGUACCAAGACUGGGUGUGUUCAGAUUGCUGUCUUGGAGAUAGAUGCAACUACUAUAUCAUAAGUGGAAGUGAUGCUGUAAAACCAGUUUCCGUGUUCUUAGGACUAGGAUUAGGAUUCUUCUUAUUGAAGAAUAUUUUAUAGUGUUCCACAUUAUGACCCAGUAAGAAAUGAAGAAGUAUAUUGUUAGGAAUAAUAUUGAAAAUAUAAAAAAGAAUAUGUUAUACAUAUUUUGGUGGCCUUCACAAUGAUGCAGCAUAAAACCUUAAAAAAUAAUUAAUCAAAAAGCACAACAACUUAGCCACUCUAGAUAGGUAUUUAUUUUCCAUUCAGUAGACAAGCCAAACUACUUUUUUCUGUAGCUAAAAUAGGAUUUUUAUACCUCAGUGAUAGGUACCUGUUUAGGUAACAAAAGACAUUAUAUAUUUAUUUUCUAAUUCCGUAUUAAUUACUAUUAUAGUAUUCAUAUAUAAUUAAUAAGUGUAGACAUAAAAAUAAUGCUAUGUCGUUUUUAUCCAUUAAGUUUAUAAAAUGUAAAAGAAAAUCUCUUCUUUUUAGAGAUCUUCUUAUGAGACUUAUUGAUGGCACUGAAAAGUACUAAAACAAUGUAAGAAUAUAAAUGUAACUAAAUAUUAUGUGAAUCUCAGUUUCCAUUAUUUUUAAUUGUUUGUAACAUAAUCCGUCCAAUUAUGUGCUUUACACUUUUAUGUAUUUUUAUAUUAAACAUUUCCGUUGUGGAAUGAUAUUAAUUUUAUUUUUAAUAAAUUUCGUAUUUUCCA